AGAAAUGCACGACAGAAAAACAACAGAGCGAUUAGCGAUAAAACCAGUCAUUACGGCCAAAAAAAUUGUGUAACACUUGGGGCUAAUGAUCUUAACCUUAAUUACUAAUUUGGUUUGGCGGCAACAUUCCAGAUUCCGGUUCUUCAUUCGUUGCCAAAAAUAUUUUUCCAUUUCUUUGGAUCAUGAAAACCUAAUUCCUUCAUUGAAAUCAUGCAAUCAGACCUCAGAAGCCUCGCAAAUCCAUGCCCACAUGAUCAAGACUGGACUCGACGUCAUCCCCUUCACUGUGAGCAAACUUCUUGCUUCUUGCGCACUCCUCGACAUGGACUAUGCCGCCUCAAUUUUCAACCAGAUCCAGAACCCCAAUCUCUUCAUGUUCAACACAAUGCUGAGAGGCUACUCGAUUUGUGAACAUGCCCAACAAGCCCUUUUACUCUUCAACUCCAUUAGGGCUCUGGGAAUUCCGCUAGAUCAGUUCUCCUUCAUCUCCACUCUCAAAUCUUGUGCUCGCGAAUUAGCCCUUCAAACCGGCCUAGGGAUUCAUGCAGUUGUUGUUCGGUGUGGGUACGAGUUUUUGAUCAAUGUGAGGAACACACUCCUUCAUUUUUACUGUGAUUGCGGAAGGACUAGAGACGCCCAUCAGUUGUUCGAUGAAUUACCUCAAGUAAGAGAUUCGGUCUCUUGGAACGUUUUGAUGGAUGGCUAUAUCCAUAUUUCUCAACCGACUGUAGUAAUGGAUUUAUUUGCGGAAAUGCAUAUUUCAGGUUUUCAGGUCAACACCCCAACGGUAUUGAGUGGUUUGUCUGCCUGUGGUGAAACAAGUGAUCUCCUCGGAGGAGAAUCUCUUCAUGCUGCUUGCAUCAAGUGUGGGUUCUGUGCUGACAAAAAAGUGGUAGCUGCUACCAUAACCAUGUACUCUAAAACUGGAUGCAUGGAUUCUGCGUGGCAGACAUUUCACGGGCUCAGAGAGAAAGAUAUUGUUUUAUGGAAUUGCAUCAUAGACGGGAACGCCAAAAAUGGUCUACUAGAAGAAUCAUUAGCUUUAUUACGACUGAUGAAACUUGAUCGAGUGAAACCUAAUUCGGCCACACUUGCUGGUUUGCUGGGGGCUUGUGCCUCUAAGGGAGCUCUUGACAUGGGUCAUUCCGUUUAUGAAUAUAUACAAGAGGAAAGACUGCAGUUGGAUGCUGUUCUUGGUACAGCUCUUAUAGAUAUGUUCUCUAAAUGCGGGUUCCUAGAGAGAUCUGUUGAGAUUUUUCAUAGGAUGACGAGUAAAGAUGUGAAAACUUGGACAGCGAUGAUUGCAGGUUAUGGGUUUCAUGGCCAGGGAAAAAACGCCAUUCGGCUCUUCAAUGAGAUGGAAAAGGAGGAAGUAAGGCCUACUGAUGUCACCUUCUUGGCUUUGUUAAGCUCUUGCAGCCAUGGAGGCCUGGUGGCCGAGGGGAAGGAGUUAUUUGAGAGGAUGGUUCAAACAUAUAGGUUGUCACCUAAGAUUGAACACUAUGGGUGUAUGAUCGACCUAUUGGGUCGUGCUGGGUUGUUGGAGGAAGCUUACAAACUGAUCAAGUGCUUGCCCAUUGAGAGGGAUGCUACAGCUUGGCGUGCAUUACUUGCGGCGUGCCGGGUCCAUGGUAAUAUUGAACUGGGGGAAAGUGUCAAGGGAGAAUUGAUUGAGUUUAAUGAUGAACACCCGACUGAUUCAAUCCUUCUGUUGAGCACUUAUGCCAUGGCAGGGCGGUGGUCUGAUGUCGCAAGAAUGGAAGUUGAGGAACCAAAGGUGGUUCCAAAAGAAACAGGUCGCAGUUCAAUUGAGGUGGUGGAUGGUUUAGGAUGAGAAGAUAGUUGUUGAAUUCAUUAUCAUUUAGAGCUUUCCCAAGUUUUCCCCAUGGUCCCUGCAA